GCCGCAGUUCCAGCGCAUCCGGCCCAGUCCCCAGGAGCGCCAUGGCGGAGCUGGUCCCCUUGGCCGAGGAGCUGUCGUGCUCCAUCUGCCUGGAGCCUUUCAAGGAGCCGGUCACCACGCCCUGCGGCCACAACUUCUGCGGCUCGUGCCUGGACGAGACGUGGGCCGUCCAGGGCUCGCCGUAUCUGUGCCCCCAGUGCCGCGCCAGCUACCACGCGCGGCCGCAGCUGCGCAAGAACACGGUGCUGUGCGCGGUGGUGGAGCAGUUCCUGCAGGCCGAGGAGGCCCGGGCGACGCCCCCGCCCCCCGACGAUUGGAAGCUGCCCACCCGCGCCGCCGCGCCCAGCCCAGCGGGCCCGGUGGCCUGCGACCACUGCCUGAAGGAGGCCGCCGUCAAGACGUGCCUGGUGUGCAUGGCCUCCUUCUGCCGGGAGCACCUGCAGCCGCACCUGGACAGCCCCGCCUUCCGGGACCACCAGCUGCAGCCCCCCGUCCAGGACCUGAUGCGCCGCAAGUGCCCCCGGCACAACCGGCUGCGGGAAUUAUUCUGCCCCCAGCACGACGAGUGCAUCUGCCACAUCUGCCUAGUGGAGCACAAGGCCUGCUCGCCUGUGCCCCUGAGCCAGGCCAGCGCCGACCUGGAGACCAAGCUGAAGCAUAAGCUGACCGUCAUCUACAGUCAGAUCAACGGGGCCUCGAGGGCUCUGGAGGACGUGAGAGCCCGGCAGCACGAUGUGCGGGAGGCUACGAAUCGGAGGAUGGAGCAGCUGAGACAGGAGUACAUGGAAAUCAAGGCGCUCAUCGACGCUGCAGAGGCCACCUCCACACGGAAGAUAAAGGAAGAGGAGAAGAGGGUCAAUACCAAGUUUGACAACAUCUAUCAGAUCCUUCUCAAGAAGAGGAGUGAGAUCCAGAAUCUGAAGGAGGAGGUUGAACUUGCCCUGACCAAGGGGGAUGAGUUCGAGUUUCUGGAGAAAGGGCUAAAGCUGCAAGGAGUGUCCACAAAGCCAGUCUACGUCCCCAAGGUGGAGCUGAAUCAGGAGCUGAUAAAGGGCGUCUGUCAGGGCACCUCAGACCUCAAAGAUGAGCUGAAGCGGUAUAUCAGGCAGUCCCAGGACAAGAAGCCCGAGGAACCCACCGGCUCAGGGAACCCCGGAGAGCAUGGCCCAGCACCCACGCACAAACCCACCCACUCUGCGAAAAAGGCCCCUAAAGAAGAAAAGAAACCCAAGAAACCUUGUGUAGUCAAAGCCCCCACUGCACAGCCCAACGCGGCGGCCGUCAAGGCCAAGGUGCUGGAGACCUUCUUAGCCAAGUCCAGGCCCGAGCUCCUGGAGUAUGCCAUUAAAUUCAGCCUGGACUACAACACGGCCCACAACAAGGUGGCGCUGUCGGAGAACUACAUGGUCGCCUCUGUGGCUGAAUCACCCCUGAACUACCAGCCGCAUCCCAAGAGGUUCAUGUACUGCUCUCAGGUGCUGGGCCUGUACUGCUACAAGAAAGGGAUCCAUUACUGGGAGGUGGAGCUGCAGAAGAACAACUUCUGCGGGGUGGGCGUCUGCUACGGCAGCAUGCCGCGCCAGGGCCCCGAGAGCCGGCUCGGCCGCAACAGCGCCUCGUGGUGCGUGGAGUGGUUCAACACCAAGAUCUCUGCGUGGCACAACAAUGUGGAGAAAACGCUGCCCUCCACCAAGGCCACGCGGGUCGGCGUGCUGCUCAACUGUGACCAUGGCUUUGUCAUCUUCUUUGCCGUCUCCGACAAGGUCCACCUGAUGUAUAAGUACAAAGUGGACUUCACGGAAGCGCUGUACCCGGCCUUCUGGGUGUUCUCUGCCGGUGCCAUGCUCUCCAUCUGCUCCUACAAGUAG